GAGUGUGCUGUGCUGCUCCGCUCCGGAGGAGGUUCAUCCGACCAGGGAGUCCGCGUCGGACUGCCGCAUCACUGCGAAACACGAUUAAAAAACACGGUAAAUGAAUUCUGCUCAGCCUUCCAGGGUUCUGGCGCGCGUCGCCUACGUUUUCACUGCAUUUUUCUUUCAGAAAUGCGGGGUUGAGGAAAUGAACGUGCGUCGAGAGCCAGGCUCGGACGCGCCGCCGUCCUCCUGCUGCGGCGCGCGCGGGACACGGGGCGCGGGGGCGCGCGCUCCACGCACGCGGGACACACACGCGCUCCCGAGUUGGUGGCAAAGCGAAGUUGCGGCGGAGAAGCUCGAGGGCGGAAAAUGCGGCGCGGGACCGUGGACCGAUGCACAUCGAUCGGAUCGAUGGCAACCCGCGCGUGAAGAGCGAGAGGGGCUCCGACCGGGCGCGCGGGCGGCGCUCACACUGAACGGGAGCCUCGGCUCGGGUCGCUGAGCUCCCGCAUCCGCCGGGCACGGGAAUCCAACACCUCCGGCUCCGCGUUAUUGACUUUCUGGGGGAUUUAACUCAAGAUCGGCAUCCGCACGCCUUUCCCCUGCUGCCUCAGUCUGUUCAUUUUUAAACUCUGCUUCCUUUUUUUUCCUGCAAAUACACAGCUACGGCCAAGGUGACCGAGAAUGAAGCAAAGCGACUCAACAGCAAUUUAAUUCUUUUUUUCCUUACGCAUACUUUACCAUGGCAAUGGAUGAAUUCCAUCCUUUCAUCGAGGCCCUCCUUCCUCAUGUACGUGCCUUUGCCUACACAUGGUUCAACUUGCAGGCCCGCAAGAGGAAGUACUUCAAGAAGCAUGAGAAACGUAUGUCUAAGGAGGAGGAAAGGGCCGCCAAGGAUGAGCUGCUGGCCGAGAAGCUGGAGAUGAAGCAGAAAUGGGCCUCCCAGCUCCUGGCCAAGCUGCGCAAGGACAUCCGGCCUGAGUUCCGGGAGGACUUUGUGCUCACCGUGACGGGGAAGAGACCCCCAUGCUGCGUGCUCUCCAACCCUGACCAGAAAGGCAAGAUAAGGAGAAUAGAUUGCUUGCGCCAGGCAGACAAGGUCUGGAGGCUGGACUUGGUCAUGGUGAUUCUAUUCAAAGGUAUUCCACUUGAAAGUACUGAUGGUGAACGACUGGUCAAGUCUCCUCAGUGCUCGCACCCUGGCCUGUGCGUGCAGCCUCAUCACAUAGGAGUUUCAGUGAAGGAGCUUGACUUGUUCUUAGCUUAUUUCGCUCAUGAAGAUCCAGGGAGGUCAGAUAGUCCGGAACAGGACGGAGAGCCCGAUUCCAAGGAGUUUCCAGAAAAUGGACAGAUGAGCUUCCAGGACAGUUUCGUCACCUCUGGUGUAUUCAGUGUCUCAGAGCUGGUGCGAGUGUCCCAGACCCCCAUUGCGUCAGGGGUGGGAUCCACCUUCUCGCUUACAGACCUGGAGAGCUCCUCCUACUACAGCAUGAGUCCAGGGGCCAUGCGCCGGCCACUGCCCAGCACUUCCAGCAGCUCUGCCAAGCGUAUCAAGUGCGUAGAGGAUGAUGUUGGCAGCCCAGGAGAAGAGUCCUUCUAUGCAGGGCAAGGACGAUCACCAGGGAGCAGCAGCUGGCAUGAGGUGGACACAGGGAUGCUGUCACCCACUGCAUUAAAGAAGUCAGAAAGGUCUGGUUUCAGCAGCCCAGUCCCUUUGCAGACCCAUUCUCGAACGGCUUUCUCACACCAUCACCGGCCCAUCCUCACGGGGCCCAAAGCGAGUCCACACACUUCGCCAUCAGCCCUCCAUUUCCCCACAUCGCCGAUCAUCCAACAGCCCGGCUCUUAUUUCUCCCACCCUGCCAUCCGCUACCACCCUCAGGACACCCUUAAGGAGUUUGUCCAACUUGUCUGCCCUGACAGCGGUCAGCCGGCUGGACAGGUGGGCUUUCUUCAUCCCAAUGGAAGCACUCAAGGGAAGGUUCCCAACCCAUUCCUCCACACCCCCAUGUUGCCCCCACCUCCCCCACCGCCCAUGGCGCGUCCUGUUCCCCUGCCCAUGCCGGACUCAAAACCCCCGGCAACCCCUGUCGAAGGGGACGGGAACUCCCCAGACUCACCAACCUACCCAACCCCCACCACCAGCACGUCCCCAAGUCAGCGCUUUGUCAGCAUUGGUCCUCGAGAGCCUGGAUUCCUGAACAUCCCACAGCAGCCUCAGUGGUAUCUAGGAUGAAGAUGACAGGCUCACGUUUUCCGCUCCAAAGACUGCUGGACCUUCGGGGGGGUGUCCCUGAGCACGAAUUGCACACCUGUCAGUGAGGACGGAGAGUUUGCCUGGGAGCCUUGACCACCGCUCUUCAAAUAAGAGGAGUCCAGGCACACAGACACACGCUUACAUGCACCUAUGCAUUUUUACCAUAUGUAUUUAUGUAUGUACAUAUAGUUUUUAAAUUUGUGUUUAUAUGGAAGCAGGGUUCUUUUGUGUUCAUUGGAUGACCGUGGAAGAGCAGUAUUGUCUCAAGAAGAAGUGUCCUUUUUUGGUGUUGUCACCUCUUCUGGUGUAGAGGAGAAAAAGGGACUUAAUCAAAGAACUUCCCUUCCACCUUUCUUUAUACCUUGUCUUAAAUACGAGUGAACUGCAAGCUCACAGAAAGCUAUGCAUUUAAAUGUAUGCAAACACACUUAGGUACAAAAUGCUUAUAUAGCUAUUUAUGGUACAAAAAAAAAAAAUCAAUGGAUGUUCUAAGCCUGAUUUUCAGUUUGUCUUGUUGUUUGUCUGUUUGCGUUGCUCUGGUUGGGUUAUUAAGGAAUUUGGAGGCUUCAGCACUGUUUGACAGCAGUACAGUAAAACCUUCAUGCUUCUCUGGGGUAUAAUACAGGUGGAAUGGUGUGGGACAUGGGCAGUAAACACACUGCAUCUCAGCUUCAAUGGGAAAUAUUUUAAACAAUCCGUACAUUCAAAUGCAAUGCAGUAUCGAUGAAAACAUAGUAAAGAAUAGUUUGAAACUGUUUUGAAACUGGACAAUGCAUAACACAGUGACCAGUUCCAGUGCUGGAAUCAACUUAUUAGAAAGGAACCCAUGCAAAAAUAACAUGCAAUAUAUACAGCUGAAAUGAUGAAAAUAAUUAUUUUGCACAAAGAAUGUGCAUUGGUUGGAUACAUGACAGUUGCUGAAGUAUCCUUCAAAUGUUUAGAAUGAUUUAUGCAAAGCAUUAUUUUUCUACCUAGCGUGGUCACACCAGGACUCUAAAAUACUGGAGUUUGAGAGCUAAAAAUGUAUGAGAAAAUGGGAGCUGUAUUGUCUAUUUAUGUCGCUUUUGUCUGUUUAUUAUGUAAAUUGUAUUUUUAUUACCAAAAUAUGUUGAGAUAUUAGCCAUUAUACAGUUAAGUUGUUCGUACUGCAGGAUAUUAAUUGCUACUUUUAAAAAGGAAUAUUAUAUACUCCAGUUAACACUUGACAAUGAAAUAUGCAUAUAUGUAUUUAUCCAUUAGGUCACUAUCAUGAAUGUACAUUAUUGUACUUUAUCAGUUUUGUAUCUGUAAGAUCAGGGAUGGGCAGCCUAGUGCCUCUGUACCUGGAAUUUAGCCUCAAAGGUUGGUAGUUCAAAUGUCAAAGGAGGACUUGCUGUUGUACCAUAGAGAAAGGUACAUUUGUAAAAUGUUUAUCCUGAAUGUGUAAGCAAAUACCCAGCUAUAAAUGUAUAAAUUUGCAACCAGGCAGAGAACGCUGUUCAGUAGCUCUACAUGCAGAUAUUCUUUUCUAUGUAUACUUUUGCUUUUUCCUGUAAACCGUUUCUACAAAAUUUUGACGCACCCACUGUCGGAUAAAACAAAGCAAACACAAAAACAGCUAAAAGAAUAGACUGCAUGUUCAUUAGUUCGUCUUAUAUAGAUAGUUUACAGAAUAAAAUAAGUCCUAGUUCAGCACUUGCCAAUAGUAUGUAUUGUCCUGGCCCUUGAAACAAGGGUUUUUUUUUUUUUUUUUUUCUAUUGCUGUACUUUACAGUUAACCAGCAGAACAUCCUUUAUCUUUUAAAUACAUUUUUCAUUUCAGAUUUUCUUCACUUGCUACGUUUCUGAGAAACAAUGAAGAAAAUGAGCAAUAUAUUUUUAUGUUUCUCCACUGCAAAAAAAAAUUUAUGGUCAUCAUCAUUGUGCCUUGACCGAUGGCCAAUAAGUUCUCGAACAACAACCAGCAUCAUUUUUUUCUACCCUGAUCCCUUCUCUCUUAGUGUGAGAGGUUUGUACAUUCAUAUUAAAACAUUUAUCAGUGACACGGACAAUUAUGUGCUGAGUGUCAUCUCUUCCUGAUAAUUGGCCUCUUGCUUUGUCACAGUCCUAUUAUCUGCAGUGCUUCUCCUGCCCAAUCUGUAAAAUUAGGCUUAUUCAUAUAGCACCUUCCUAGAUGUUCAGAAUUUGUACAUUGAUAUUUCUGGGAUUUUCUGAAAUAUAUAAAUGAAAACUGUUUUUUGUUUUAUUUUGUUUUAUUUUUAUUUAGUUUUGUUCUCAUGAAUUCAAAACAUUGAGGGGUCGGGUGUGUUCUCGUACUCAUGGAAAUUUUUAAUUUCAUUCCUUUACUUUGUUUACCACAAUAAUAGCUGCACCUUUGAAAUGGCUGGAGCUUCUAUAAGUCUCUGCAUGAAGACAAGGUCCUGGAUCCCUUGGUCCAGUCACCUUCAGCAGGCUAUCUGUGAUGCUCUCAAGUAAGCCUUAAAAAAGUCAACUUUCUCUUCAUGUAAAUUGACACCCAUUUUUGCACAGGUUAAAAUAUAACUUUCUAAACAAUGAAAACACUAAUUUUUCUAUUCUCAGCUAUGACUUUUGAACUAAUUUUGAUUUUCUGUUCAGAAAUUAAAUGCUUGGAUUAUUUAGGUAUUUAUUUAGGUAUUUAAUGGAAAAAUGCAAUUCAGUGUUUUUUUUUUUCCCCUUUGGCAUCCUUUUUGCAAAACAAUAAUGACAAGUCUGUGAUGAAAAAUGAUCAGCGUUUGAGUGCAAAAGGUUAUAUGUGCACUAAAACUUUUUGUCACAGAAACCCUGUUUUACCAUUGAAACAUCCAACCAGAAAAAUGUGUCUCUAUGUUUAUUAUGGCAAAAUAUAAGUAUUAAAGCAAUAGUUGGCAAAGUCUGCUUCUGAAGUGGAUAAUUUACAAAUGGCAGAGUGUUACUCCGAAAUAAAACAGUAAAGAGCAGAACAAUGGGGAGAAAGAAGAAAAACUAUCCGGACAUUGUGGAGUUGUCAUUUGUACCUUGUACAGUUUUAUUAAUUACACCAAUUUUAAAGCUGCCCUAUUUUAUAAAGCAAAACUUUUGUAACAUUGUUUAAUUGUGGAGAAACAUUGUUUAAUGGGGAGUAAUUUAAAUUCUGUGAUUGUUUCUAUUGAAGCCAAAUGAUUAGA